AUGCUGGAUGACACCGCAGAGACGUUGCGUUCGAGAGAGACUGCAAUGCCAGCAUCCCAGCCGCGGUCCAGGGCAAGAGACAGGAACAAUGUCCUCAACAGGACCGAGUUCCUCUCCCUGAAUCAGCCCUUGAAGGGGACCCAGGAGAGCAGGAGCUCCGGCAGAAAGCAGAGCGGCCAAACCGGGGCAGCGGGUGCCCAGAACAGCAACCCCAAGGAGCGGAGGCAGUCGCAGCAGCUGCCCGAAGAGGACUGCAUGCAGCUCAACCCUUCCUUCAAGGGAAUCGCCUUCAACUCCCUGCUAGCCAUCGAUAUCUGCAUGUCCAAGAGGCUGGGAGUGUGCGCCAACAGAGCCUCCUCCUGGGGCGGUGCACGCUCCAUGAUCAACCUCCUGGGGAUAACGGGGCACGGCAUCCCCUGGAUCGCGGGCACCCUCAUCUGCCUGGUGAAGAGCAGCACGCUGGCGGGCCAGGAGGUCCUCAUGAACCUGCUGCUAG